GGGCUCUCCUGGGGUGGUUGGGGGGAUCCAGGCUUAGGUGUGGGAGUUCCCAGUGGUGAGUAGAGGUAGAAGGGCUGUUAAGAGGGGACGGGGGAUACAGCGUAUACGUGAACAGCGUGUAGGCUGGGAGGUUGCUGUGGGCCUGAAGGAGGUUAGGAGGUGGAGGCAUCUCUGCCUCAUCCCACCGCAUACCCUCCCGCGUGAAGGAGUCAGUAACUCCCACAGCACGGAGUAAAAGAAGAUGUGCAAACAACAGCAAUUAGAGCAUUAAGUGUCUUCUCCCCAAGCCUUAAAAAGAGCUUAGCUCAGCUGCAUGAAAUAUGGGAGACGACAGGCCGUUUGUGUGCAAUGCCCCCGGCUGUGGACAGAGGUUUACAAACGAGGACCACCUGGCGGUUCAUAAACACAAGCAUGAGAUGACAUUGAAAUUCGGCCCCGCUCGAACCGACUCAGUCAUCAUAGCAGAUCAGACUCCGACCCCGACGCGCUUCUUGAAGAACUGCGAAGAAGUGGGACUCUUCAAUGAGCUGGCCAGCUCCUUUGAGCACGAGUUCAAGAAAGCCGCCGAGGAUGACGAGAAAAAGAACGCUGGAGCCCUGGACAUGUCUCUGCCUUCAACCCCAGACAUAAAAAUAAAGGAAGAAGAGCCAGUUGAGGUGGACUCUUCCCCUCCAGACAGCCCGGUGUCUAACCCGCAGUCCCCACAAAACAAGGAGAAGGAGAUCACCUCAAAGCCUGUAAUCAUUUCUACGCCUACUCCGACCAUCGUGCGUCCAGGCUCACUGCCAUUACACUUAGGUUAUGACCCGCUCCACCCAACGCUGCCUUCCCCGACCUCUGUCAUUACCCAGGCACCACCUUCCAACAGACAGCUUGGGUCUCCCACUGGUUCCCUUCCACUUGUUGUGCAGCUUGCAAAUGGACAGACCAUGCCUGUCCUCCCAGGCCCUCCUGUACAGAUGCCUUCUGUUAUAUCGCUGGCUCGGCCGAUGUCCAUGGUGCCUAACAUUCCCGGUAUUCCUGGGCCACCCAUCAACAGCAGCGGGUCCAUUUCGCCGUCAGGCCUUCCAGUGCACUCCGAAGCCAAAAUGAGGCUGAAGGCCAGCUUGACGCAUCAGACAUCUUCCUCGCUGAAUGGCAGCAACCUGGUGGUGGGCUCAGCCAGCACGAUGGUGACUGCACGUCCAGAGCAGAGUCAGAUUCUUGUCCAGCACCCUGAUGCUCCUUCCCCAGCUCAACCGCAGGUUUCCCCUGCCCAGCCCACGCCCAGCACUGGCGGGCGGCGGAGACGCACGGUUGACGAAGACCCGGACGAGCGCCGGCAGCGGUUCCUGGAGCGGAACCGGGCUGCAGCAUCCCGAUGCCGUCAGAAACGCAAGCUCUGGGUGUCUUCCUUGGAGAAGAAAGCUGAGGAGCUCACGACCCAGAACAUCCAGCUGAGCAAUGAAGUUACGCUACUGAGGAACGAAGUUGCUCAACUUAAACAGCUCCUGCUUGCUCACAAGGACUGCCCCGUCACUGCACUACAGAAGAAAACACAGGGCUAUCUUGAAAGCCCAAAGGAGAGCUCAGAGCCCACCGGCUCCCCUGCUCCUGUCAUCCAGCACAGCUCCGUGACGGCCUCCCCCAACGGGCUCAGCGUGCGCUCGGCGGCGGAAGCAGUCGCCACGUCGGUCCUCACCCAGAUGGCGAGCCAAAGGACAGAACUGAGCAUGCCAAUGCAGUCACACGUCAUUAUGGCUCCACAGUCGCAGUCUGCGGGCAGAUGAUGUCACAGCCUGUGCGUGUGACCCAGAACUAACCGCGAACUCGCAGCCGGAGAGACUGACCCUAACUAAGUCCCUGACGAGUGGGGGCGGAUACGGAUGUGUUUUUUUUAAAGUGAGUUAAGGGCAGCUAUGGCGCUUCUUACACUGCAUAUCCUAUACAGAGCCUGGCCCCAAACCAUUGCCGUGCGAUCGCCUGUCCCUGCAGGACGGCUGCAGAUUGAGCGCUUUCUCGAUCCCUUAGCUGGCGAUCAGUCAAGGUGCAGAAUCAUCCGAACACGCAGAGCCUCACUUUGAAAGCACCUUGAAAGGUUCACUUUCAGGUAUCAGUUACAUUAACACUAAACCUCCAUGCUUGGUGGUUCCCUUUGGCGCUUUCACUCUUUCAAGGUCCCCCUCCCUCCCCCUCCACUUUCAGCGAAGGAGAACAUAGCUCUUGGGAGGCUGUGACAUUUAGUCGUGCUGUCAAUGUAUUUUAUUUUUAACAGCAUGCUGCUUCCAGGCAUCUGCUCCCCGCACUGCUCUAGCUACCUGAGACACUGCACCUUCGCACAAGAAUCCUCCUUGAGCUCUGAGGUUAAAGGGAUUGAGGUUAGUCUCAUCACAGUAACUGCCCAGAUGCCAGCAAUUGGUUUUGGAGCAAACUCUGCCACGAUUGGAGUGUAAUCGCUGUAAAUUGGUUUGUGUGCAACGGUAGGGAG